CAACACACCUGCCUAUCCGUCCAUACAUACCUGUCCGUCUCGUCUUGGGGGCCGGCUUUACGGCCUGCGCGGUGACUCCCCCUCCACCAACGCGCGGGGUCACCAAAAGUACCGACCAUGCCUGCUUUAAGGACGGCCAUAUAUCAGAUCAUCUUAUGCCUAGGCAUCUGCCCUCGUUGCCAAUGAGGCGUAGGGCCGAGUUGGCUAUCAGCGGCCACUGGCACACGACAGAAGCCACCCGCGCGACCCGGUGGGCAGAAGGAAGAAACGACGCAACCCUCUUAAGGUGGCAGAGAGAGGGUAGAGAAAAAGAUAAGGAGGGGAGAAAAAAAAGGAGAGUAGCGAUGUUGAGGGAGUUGCUUGCUCGGGCUGACGAGACGCGCCACAUGCCGCCAGCAGGCAUCCCAAUGAGCCGGUCCAGUCAGGAAAAAAGCCGUGAUACCGAUAUGGUGGGAUGCUGGAUGGCUGAAGUCCACAUCGCGAUUGGAUUGCUGGAUGGCCUCUCCAGCUGCUGUGUUUCCUCACCCCGCGGGACAGCUCACCUCCAUCCCACCCACUCCGAUUUCCCUAACCAAUUGUGCCCGUGCCCGACUGCCCUUGUGCUUCCUGUUGACGGUAUAUCAACUGCCUUUCUAAAAUUUUUUAUUGAUGUCUCAGCUCAUAGUCAUCUUCCGCCUACUUCGCCACCUACCUUGACUACGAUCGCCGUGGUAGGCAUAACGAAGGGGCAGCGAAGGGAGGGGCAGCGAGGCGGGCAGAACGGUGCCCACGACGGCCUGUAGACAAUAAUAGCCUUGUAGUGAGAGGCAGCUGUCAUAGGCAUCAGCGAAGCUCGCCGUCUGUAUCUAACCUACCACGUGUGUGCCUACCCGGACAAGGCAAGCGGAAGUUCCCAUUGUGCCUGGCAAUCCU